GGCGUCAACGAUGAACUUGGCGUCCUAUCUCUAAAUGGCAGUGGCCACGUGAUAUUUGAUGGCUUUGGGGAAGACUGUCUUACUAAACCUGACCGAUGCCCAAAUGGAUUCACUUUGUCAUUCUGGUUCAAAUAUGGAGGAUUGAUUUCCAGUAUUCUGGGUUUGAAUGCUACAUAUCACGCAGCACUUGAUUCGUGGCUUUUACCCCUUGUCCCAAAGAAAUCAAGAUGGCUUCCGUGUUACCGGGCAUCCCAGGACGGCUGGACCGGAGCAAUUUUUCAUCAGAAGUGCGAUGGCAAGAGUUCAACUCUAACUAUCAUCAAAGUUCAAGAUUUCGUGUUUGGAGGAUAUUUGUCUGAAACUUGGGGACCUUCAAAGAAUGGUUCUAUUGUUGACUCAAAGGCUUUUCUCUUUAGCCUAAAUAACCCUAGAGGGACGGCUCCACGAAAGCUGACCCUAAUCCAAAGUAUGUUUGGUAUAGUUAACACAGCAGCAACUACCACACCUACCUCGUUGCCAACAUUUGGAGAUAGUGACUUGGUGUUAAAGGAUAACGCCAACACCGUUGCCCAAUCGUAUUCGUCCCCGGGUCAGAAUUAUGAGCUGGAGUCGGGUUUAGCCUCCGUGUCGCAGGAUUUAUUCACAGACACUAAAUAUUUUAUUGUCGAUGAGAUUGAAGUGUUCUACAACGAAGAGCUAACUACAGAUCAAGCUUACAUCUUAACCACUGGGGCCGAAAAUCCAGAGACAACUGGUUUUGCAAUCUUCCAUAAUCAAACCUUGUCAAACGGUUCAGGUGACAUGGUGGUCAAAGUCAGUACUGAAGCAAAAACCUGGACACUGAAGGCAACAGACAAGUCAAAAGAUUUUAGACCCAUGACCGUCACGUGGCAUCCUACGCAAGGCUUGAAGCUCUAUGAAAAUACACAACUCAUGGCAUCCGGAUUGGCUGUACCUUCAAGUAAUACAAAUAAGAAAACAAGCAUACUACUUGGCCAUUCAGAGUCUACUUCCAACCCUCACUCUGGUCAAAAUAUCCAGAUUCGUGCAUUAGCAAUAUGGCGGACUGUUAUCACUGUAAAGGAUAUGAAUACAUACAAUAACGUUGCUUGUGCUCCAUUGACUGACGAUGCAAGCAAUAGCUUUAGUUGGAAUCGAACAGUUUCCGGAACACCAACACCACUGACAGGGCCAAAUACCGUUAUCAGUCCCGCAAGAUGGUUUUCAAGUGACAAUUAUAUUAAUAUUGCAUCUCAGUCAUGCUUUGCAACGGUUAAAUUAAACCUUCCAAGUCUAAACGUGUUUACCGCCUGUUGGUGGUUCCGCCAUGACUCAGCUGUAUCCAAGUAUUUGUUUGCAAUUCGAAGUUCCUCAGGAAUUCAAUUGGAUGUUGGUGCUGCAGCUACAACCACGUGGCAGCACUUCUGCCUAAAACACACCUUCGAACAAAAGACUGGUUGCCAUAAACAACUUUACUUGAAUGGUCGGUCCACGUCCGAUAAUUCUUACACAUCAUCAUGUCAAAGUAUGGCUGGUCCUCCCAUUACAGUUCUUAUAGGACUUUAUACGACCAAGACGUUUGAUGGACUUUUAAGUAAUUUCAAGCUCUGGGAUCGUCAUCUUAGCGCGUCGGAAAUCUCACUAGUAUCAAAUGGUUGCUCCAUGAUAGCUGGGAAUCUCAUUGUCUGGGAAGUCCUCCUCAGCAAGUUUGAACCUCCAGUAUCGAUGGCCCGAGAUGGUCUAUGCAAAAGAGAAAUUUCGUACAUCGAAUCAUCUUACCCGCAGAAAAAAGGCCAAAAUGUUCGUUUACUCACGUCUGAGUACGUUCCCGUCACAAUCAACUGUCUUUACUUUCAAUAUAAUUUCUACGGUAAGGAUAUCGGGAGGCUCAAUGUAUACUUACUUAAAGGCAACAGCCACGAAUCACUUGUAUGGUCACUAGCUGGAGAUCAGGGCACAAAUGAGUGGAGAUCGGUUUACAUACCCUUGAAUAAUACAGAAAAAACAAAGGUCAUUUUUGAGGGUAUUGUCGGUGAUGGCUACCUUGGGGAUUUAUCGAUUGGUAAUGUUGCCUUGACAACUACARAUUCUUGUGAAGGGGGGACAGGCAAAAACUACAUCGCUGUAACAGGCAAGAAAUUUUAUAAAACAGUCCAGCCUUGA